AUGGCACCAAAAAAGUCAGUUUCGGCUAAAUUAGCAUUCCAACCUCGACAACGAGUAUUUGCAAAAAUGCCAGGAUUUUCUGCUUGGCCAGCAUUUGUUGUUCCCCAAGAAGAUAUACCAGACGAUGUACUAGAAGCAAAGAAAAGAAAUAAUAAAACUCCUUAUUGUGUUAUAUUUAUUCCUGAUGGUGAUUAUUAUUGGAUGUCUGAAAAAGGAUUAACUGAAUUGACAGAAGAGAAAUUAUCUAAAGCAUUAAAAGAUGUCCCACUAGAUAUUAAGAAAAAAAUGAAGAAUUUAAAGGGGAAAAUUCCUGGGAAACAAAGUAGUUAUAAACAAGCUAUAGCUGCCACUGAUGGAUUGGAUUAUGAUACCUUUAGAGAUUUCUUGAUUGAAAUUAAUGGUGUUGAAGAAGAAGAUGAUGAUGACAAGGAAGAAGAAGAAGAAGUGGAAGAAGAGCCAGAAGAAGAGCUAGAGGAACCAGAAGAACCAGAAUCAAAACCGAAACCAAUAAAAAAGGAGAAAAUAAUUGUUAGAUCCAAAAGUAACAAACGUGAAUACGACGAUGAAGCAGAAGAUGGGGAUGUUGAAGAAAGUUAUGAAGAUGAGGAUUCAGUACAACUAAAGAAGCAAUCACGAAAUGGGGGUAGAAGAAGUCGAUCAUCAAGUGUUUCAACGAAAAACACUUUAACAACAGCUACUAAUGGUAGAAAAAAGAGAAGAUUGACUGGUGAUAAUAGUAGCAACACCAAAACCAGUGAAAAAUCCACAGAUUCAAACAUUAUACCAAUCCCUAGCAUUAAGAAAAUUAAAAGUGAAACCAGCGAUGACGAUAAUCAAUCUCAUAAAUCAUCAAUAGCUUCAGUUGCAUCCAACAAUCAUAACAAUAAACCAACAGUUUCUGAUAAGGAAAAGAAUCAUCAAUUAUGGCUAUGUCGAGUGAAACUACAAAAGACCUUGAUUCAAAGAAAUCAAGCCACUACUCCCAAAGAUACUACAGGACUAAAACCACCAACCGCAGAUGAAUUACUGACAGCAAGAUUAAUAUUGCAUCGAUUACAAGAUUUCCCUAUAACUGCUGAAUUAUUAAGAAAAUCGAAAUUACAUAAAGUAUUAAGAUGCAUUAUAAAGGAUCCAACAUUAAAAUAUCCUGAAAGCUUUAAAUUACACGAUAGAUGUCAAGAAGUAUUAGAUGUAUGGAAAGAACCUAUUGAACAAUUGAAACUUGAAAAACAAUUGGAAUAUGAAGAUAAUAAACUUAAUCCUUCUCAUCAUAGUCAUGGUCAUGGCCACGGUCUUGAUGCUGCUAAUCGCAAGGCAAUUCAUAAUCAAGAUGAUUCUGAAGUUUCUGGAUUAGAACAAAGUAUUCCUGAAUUGGAGGCACAAGGUAAAAAACUGGAAGAAUUGAAACCUGCAAGUAUCACUGCAACCAUUACUACAACUACAACCACAACUGGACCUCCAUCACCUCCAGCAGAAAGCUAA